UUUAAUGAUGCGAUCUCUGAUGUCGCCUUUGAGAUAUUUGUUCCAGUGAUUCCACGUGUUCAAACGCAUUAGAGGCGAUAUCGCUUGUUUAUUGCAUGGAAUAAGUAAAGAAACUGACGAUGGGGCUGAAUGAAGGUCAGAAUUGAAUACAUCUACACUUGGUGUUCCCCUUUGCUAGCCUCCAUAUGAUCUGCCUUGGAAUGGUGACAGUGUUGCAGAUACACGCGGGGAGAGAAGUGAUUUAUCAGUUCUCGGAGAUGAAACUUUUACUCAGAAGGCUUCGAGGAGCCCGAGGGACUGUAUCUUCACUUCUUGUCCAGCUGUCUGAUGAGCAUUGGCGCUUGUCCCACGAUGAGAUGCUCACACCUCCGGGUUUAGUUGUGUCUCUUUAAAUGGAUGUGGAGUGUUUGGCUUCUACAAGCUGCAUCCCACUCUUGAUGUUUUUUUUUUUGUAUCACUGGGAUUAGAGCCGUUGCAGAUAGUGGCACUGCAUCUUUGUAUACUCUAUGCAUGUUUGCACAUCACAGUGAUUUCAACAGAAGAUGAAAACAAGUGUUAAUUUCACUGUAGACUAUAAGGAUGCGGGAAGCUUCUUUUUAUAACAAAGCCGAGAAUCCUGACCCCUUCUCACGUUACAGCAAAGCUGAGCAGAUCUCUGCCGCCCCCUGCUGGCCAUGUGGAGUGCGUGCAUGGUGGUGCUGGCGCUUGCCCCUGCCGUCGUCGGCUCGGGAGACAGCGACACCCUGCGGCCGAGACAAGACUCAAACCUGGAGAUAUAUAAGCGUCUGUUUGAGACCAAGAGGAAAGACCAGCUCAAUGCACUCAAGAAUUUGGUGGAGCUCAAUGACAUCAACCAGCAAUAUAAGAUAAUAGACAUCAUGCUCAAAGGCCUCUUCAAGGUCUUGGAGGACUCGAGACAAAUCCUGGUUUCAGCCAACAUGCAGCCCAACGACCCAUUCCCACUGGAUGAUAAAAUCAAAGACGCUUAUUCCCACGUGGUGGAAAACACCGCCUUUUUCGGCGAUGUGGCGUUGCGCUUCCCACGCAUUGUCCACCACUACUAUGACAGGAACGCUGACUGGGGAGGUCUGCUGCGCUGGGGGCUGAAUUUUUGUAACCAGACUGGAGUGUUCACAGGAGGAGCCCACCAACAUGUCCUCACACUGAUGUCACAAGAGCUGGGAAUAACGGCGAAAUCGCCAGACUUUAUCAACCCUUACCGGACAGAACGGGAUGAUGUGCUUCAUACAGCCGAGGCCUUCCAGAAGAUCCUGAGGGAGGAAGAGAAGAGGAGAAGAAAGGAGGAGAAGAGGAAAGAAAUCAGGAAAGGCCCUCGCAUCUCUCGCUCUCGCAGCGAGCUAUAGCGUCACACCUCGACAGCGCCGGUGGAAUGAGAAGGAAGAGAAGAAUCCACUCACAAAGGUUUACCUUGUAGACUCUGAUGACAAAGCGGGAAAUAAAGGCUGUCGUCGCUUUGUCCGAAACAAAAGACAGGUGCUUUGUGGCAAAUCCAAGUGGAACAUCUUUUUGAUACUUAAAAAAACAAAACAAAAGUAGUGAAAUGUUUGUGUCUGUGACAGAAGGUCUGAAUUGCUGUUCUCCCAGCAAUCAUGAAGGUGUUGUGGGAAGAGGCAAGACAAGACAAACUUCAAGUUUUAAAUAACUAUAUUUUGGAAUUAUGUUUAUUUAUGUACAAUAUAGAACAUUACUUUCAAAAGGACUUGGGUCUAAUGCGCCCUGCACCUCAUUUUUAUUGGCCCUUGGCAAAUUCUACAAAUAGAAUAGAAUUAUUAUGAAUGUGAUAUGUUAUUAGAUAUUAACGCUCAUUUGCUUUGUCAUCUACAACACAAAGCUAAGAUGAUGCUUUGUUCUGAGAGCGUCGCAAAUACUGUACUGACCUACAUUGGAUUGGUUUGAGCAUAUUUAAUGUACAAAAUGUAGUUUGGCCCCUCCUUAUCUAGUGUCGGAACGAAUAGGCCUCACGUUGCACCAAACAUAUUGUCUGGCUGAUUACAGGUGUGCUCAAAGUGCAUUUUAUAUGGGGGUGAAUAUAGACAAGAUUUUAACUUUAACUUUCGUUUUACGUCAGCCUGGAGCAGUUUUGCAGGAAACACUUCAGCUCCGCCCUCGUCUCUUUGUUCUGCGUGUCUAGUUUUGUUGUUGAUGUGUUUCUGACUCAGCAACCACAACAUGACUUCCGUUUGCACCGCCUUACUGCCAGAGCAGUACGAUGCCGCCUUUGCAAACAUCAUGUACUGUGUGGCGUUUGACCCCCCCCCAGCACACCGUCUGUCCGUAGGAAACAAAAACACACAAAAACAAUUUUGUGUGAUACCGCUACGAUAUAUACUCUCCGUAUUGUUGACCUAGCCUGUCCGAAGGUGCCAGCGAAGCUCAUGUUGUGGUCGUUGCUGCAGAAUAAAUUCAUUCACGUUUGUUAAGAACUGAGAUUAAAUAAACGGAGUGGUGCGUAGAAAGACAAAAAAUUGUGCUUGUGUAAAUAUUUACGAUAAAACAAUCCCAACAACACAACAAAACAGGCAUUUGUGAAAAUAAACAUAGAAGAGAAACGAAAACUAUCUGUCUCAACGCGAGUAUUGUUCAGAUACAGAUACUGUUGUGGUAUCAGCAAGAUUGAAAUUUGAGUCGCUCCGCCCCCACCUGUCCUUCGGCCAGGGGUGGCCGUGGCCACCCUAGGUCACUCUCCAGCCACCCCAGUGGCCACCCCCGCGGCUGGGGGACAAUUUUGACAAACGCGGCUGUGUGGUGCAGAAUAUUAGUUCAGCGUAACCGCCGUUUCCGCUCGGACACAUUUCACUGCAGCACACAACUUUCCGUGCGGAGGAGCUGUCAAUACAUCCCAGGUCCUACAUGAACUGCAAGCGGUAGGUAAGUUUUCCAUGAUUACUUUGGUCGCUUCCGGUCAAGUUUUCUCACUAUGUUGACUUUGACUUAAAUACUGAAGCGUGAUUCGGCACAUCCAUCUGUUAAUAAUGGAAGUACUCUGUAGCAGCAUGAGUGGGCGUGUAAACCAGGCGCCCAGUGUCAAAACAGGAGUGUGACGCAUAAUGUGGAACAUUUGGCUCGUGGCAGAGGAGAUGUUAACUUUUACUUUCGUUUUACGUGAAACGAAAAGAAAUACUUCAGCUCUGCCGUGGUCUCUUUUUUUUUUGCGUGUGUCUUUUUUUAGCUUUAUUUUUUUUAGCGAUGUGAUUCUGACUUUUCUAACGGACUCAGCAGCCACAACAUUACUGACAUUUGCACCACAUGACACUCAUCGCACGAGCAGUGGAGGUUGCCCCCCACCAGACCAUUUUCCUAUGUGAUGCAGUUCUACAUCACCGCGAUCAUUUUCACAUGAAUCUUACCUUAUCGUUGACCUCUUGUACUGCAUCUUAUGACAACGUGCCAAUGAGGCUUUCAUGGAGUGAUUUAUUACUGCAGAACAAACACGCCAUUUUCUUAGUAAAUGGGAUUGAAUGACUCAUACACAGAAAGAUAAAGCCUUUGUGUGAUUUGUAAAUAUAUAAAACAUCAAUAACACGCACGGUAUCUACAAUAGCGAUAGCUGAAUGCUCCGCCCACACCCUCUUGUUUGGACUCGCUUGAGCAACACAGUCAACCUGCUGCUGU